CGUCCCCUCACUGCGUGCCCCGCGAACUCGCCCACCAUGGCACAGCCAAGUCAAAGCGACAUCGCCGCCGCCAUCGAGCGCCGCGUCCAGGCAGAGCGCGAGGCCGCCGAGGCGAACGCCGCCCUCCGCGCGCAGCGCGAGUUUGAGGAGACCCGCGACAAGCGGCAGGAGUUCAGACGGCUCGUCGACCCUGGCAUCCUCCGGCCGAACCCGCGCGAGCUCGCGCUCGAGUCGCUCAUAACAUUGAAGAUGUUGGCGGAGAACAUCGUCGCGCACCCGGGUGAGGACAAGUACAAGAAGUUCAAGCCGACGAAUACGAAGAUCAAGCGAGUCCUUGUUGACCCGAAGGGGACGCUGGAGUAUGCUGUGGCGAUGGGAUUCAGGCCGGAGGUCGUUGACUUCCAGCCCUUCUACGUCUUCAACGACCGCCACAAGCAGGACCUCGAGAUUGGGCUCGCCAUCAUCCACGAAGUCCUCGAGCGCGAACUCGUCAAGCAAGAACGAGACGAGCGCACAAAGCGGCAAGCGAAGGAAGCAGAGGAGGCUGCGAAAGAGAAGCUCAAGCGCCAAUUCCUCGACGACCGCAAGUCCACCGCCCUGCGCGGGGAACGAGAACGAGAACUGCGCGAAGCACGGGCCGCUGCGGCCGCACGGCGCGCGGCCUCGCAAACACCCGACGAGCCGUCCUCACAGCCAAGUAGCCCAUCGCCCGCGCCCGCCACACCUCGCCGAGUUCGCAUGACGGCGGGCACACGGACCCGCCCGAUGUCGGGGACAGGCCGGACGCUGGACGGGCGGGUCGUGACGGCGGCGGAUGAUGCGGAUGGCGAGGUGCCUCCACCGUACCAUCCGCGAGAGGAUGUCCUGGAGAUUGAGGACGAUAGUGAGGGUGAGGAUUGAAGCUGUGUGAUGUAGAGCGGUGAGGAUGUGAAUUUGUGUCUGUUUGGAUUAUGCUCUCGUGUAAAGAUAUUGCUGUCACUCAUCGUGUAGACUACGCAAACGUUGCAGA